CUUGUGGCAACCUAAGCGCAGACGCGUCCUCUCCAACGUGGGAUCCUAGCAGGAAGACAAGCGUGUUGACCGUCCUUCGAAGUUGGCGUAGUUUGUAUAAUACUUUUCAAACCAAUGGCGACUCAUUGACGCCGUGUUUACACACAGUCCCAGUUGGGUACAAUUAACUGUAAAGGACAAAACAUGUCAAUAAACCGGUGUUCUUAUUUGUUUUCUCGGCUUCGGCGCCAUGUUAGCACUCGGGCUGUUCGCCUCGCCGGUAGGAGCUGUCAUGUGUCUUCUGGACGUAGUUUGUUGACUAAACAACAUCCGAGUCGUUCUGUUGUUAGCAGCAGAAGUUUUACGUCCUCGUCUUCAAAAGCUCCGGACACGUCUCUUUUUGUUCCCAUCUCUCUGAAGACGGAUGUAUAUGCAGAUGGGAGUGUUGGGGCCGAGUUAACGCAGCCUUUGGACAAAAGUGAGCUUUUGAAAAUUCUAAACCGCUUUUACAAGAGGAAAGAGAUGCAGAAGCUGGCUUCAGAAAACGGCCUGGACGCACGACUUUUCCACCAGGCCUUUGUCAACUUUAGAAAAUACAUCCUAGAGUUGACGACACUCCCUGCUGAUCUGCACAUCAUCCUUAGUGACAUCCUCUGUGGAGCAGGUCACAUAGAUGACAUCUACCCAUAUUUUAUGCGUCAUGCUAAGACAAUUUUUCCCAUGCUGGACUGUAUGGAUGACCUGAGGAAGAUUUCUGACUUGAGAGUCCCUGCGAACUGGUACCCUGAGGCUCGUGCCAUCCAGAGAAAGGUGAUCUUCCAUGCCGGUCCCACUAAUAGCGGCAAAACCUACCACGCCAUCCAACGCUACCUGACUGCUAAGUCAGGGGUCUACUGCGGUCCGCUAAAACUGCUUGCCCACGAAAUCUUUGCAAAGAGCAAUGACGCCGGUGUACAGUGUGACUUGGUUACUGGUGAGGAGAGAACGUUCGCGAACAAAGAUGGUCGAGUAUCUGCUCACGUGGCCUGCACCAUUGAGAUGUGCAACGUCACCACACCAUAUGAAGUGGCUGUGAUCGAUGAAAUUCAAAUGAUUAGAGAUCGGUCCCGAGGAUGGGCCUGGACCAGAGCUUUGCUAGGUCUCUGUGCAGAGGAGAUUCAUGUAUGUGGCGAACCUGCAGCCAUUGACUUCAUCAAAGAGCUUAUGUGCACCACAGGAGAGGAAGUAGAGGUGCACACUUACCAGCGCCUAACACCAUUCUCCAUCCUGGACCACGCUGUGGAGUCUUUAGACAACUUGAGACCAGGGGAUUGCAUCGUGUGCUUCAGUAAAAACGACAUCUACUCCAUAAGCAGACAGAUUGAAGCCAGAGGGUCGGAAUGUGCUGUCAUUUAUGGCAGUUUACCUCCAGGCACCAAAUUGUCCCAGGCUAAAAAGUUUAAUGACCCUGAUGAUCCCUGCAAGAUCAUGGUAGCAACAGAUGCUAUUGGGAUGGGCCUUAACUUGAGCAUAAAACGCGUCAUCUUCAACAGUCUCAUGAAGCCAAACGUCAACGAGAAAGGGGAAAAGCAUUUGGAAACCAUCAGCACGUCACAAGCUCUGCAGAUCGGUGGUCGUGCUGGGAGAUUCUCCUCCAAGUUCAAAGAGGGAGAAGUGACCACCAUGCACAGAGAAGAUCUUCCAGUCCUGAAAGAAAUACUCAGUCAGACAGUUGACCCCAUUGAGACUGCAGGUCUUCAUCCUACUGCAGAGCAGAUUGAGAUGUUUGCCUAUCAUCUACCUGAUGCUACUCUCUCCAACCUUAUUGACAUUUUUGUCAGCCUCUCCCAAGUGGACGGUCUCUAUUUUGUCUGCAACAUUGACGAUUUUAAAUUCCUGGCUGACAUGAUUCAACACAUCCCGCUCAACCUGAGGUCUCGCUAUGUCUUCUGCACGGCUCCCAUUAACAAGAAGCAACCUUUCGUGUGCACAUCCUUCUUGAAGUUUGCGCGUCAGUUCAGCCGAGAUGAGCCUUUAACCUUUGAGUGGGUCUGUCGCCAUGUCAACUGGCCUGUGGCCCCGCCCAAAAACAUCAAGGAUCUGGUUCACUUGGAGGCGGUUCAUGAUGUGUUGGAUCUAUACCUCUGGUUAAGUUACCGUUUCAUGGACAUGUUUCCCGACACCGCAUUAAUUCGGGAAGUACAGCGGGAACUCGACAACAUCAUCCAAGAGGGAGUACAAAAUAUCACACGUCUCAUCAGAGCCACCGACCCGACAAUUACCAGCACGCUCUCAGGAACAGUCCCCAGAGAGCUCGGUGGCGACAGAAAGGAUGCACCAAGAGUCAGAAGAACUCCAAGCUCUCAAAGACAAUCUGGACCAAGAAUGGACAGGUCGUUGACUAACCGCUUGGUUCGAGACGGACUGCUGACGUCUGAGAUGUUGCAGCAGCUCCAGAUGGAGUGGUCUAAUGGACAGACCAAGGACCUUAUCAAUGAGAGCGCAGUUGAUGUCAAAUAUAGUAACAAAGAGAACGGUAGGAAAAAGACAAAAUGAACUAUUUCGUGUUCUGGACUUCUUCGAUACACACGUAAGGCUCCAACCUGAUACAAAACGUAUGUAGAGUACUGUAUGUAUGUGAGGUCUGUUGCAAUGAACGGAAAUGUAGCAGUGAUAUUUCAACAUUAGGAGCAGGUAGGGCUUACGUAUCUUGCUCAAUUUUCUCAACAUUCAUCAUUAAAGACUUUUAGGUGACACUGGAUUAAAUCAUAAUUAUUAUUCAUCUUUUUACACAUGCCCAGAAAUCAUGUGGAGCUUUCUGUGAGGAUUGUGCUUCCAACAGCCCAUUGUAUUAAAGUACUCUUAUUGUCUGGACAUAUACAUCAUGCCAACCAGUUUUAGUGUUAAAACAAUCUCAAAACUUAUUUUCCCUGUAUUUUACUUUGUUGUUGUAUUACUGUAAUUAACUUUCAAUAAAGCACAUUGUUGUGAUCCAAUAAAA